AUAAUGCUGAAAAAAAGAUAACAAUUUUUUUUUCUAAUUUUUCUUAUUGCAAUUUGUAUUAUAUUAUUGAAAUAUCAGUGGCCGAAAAUACUUUUUUUUUUAAGUAUGGAUACAAAAACCUUAUCUGGUUUUGGGGAAAUAAAAUCAGAAUUAAAAUUCGAUGGGUUUUUGGAUUGGUUUGUCGCUUAUAACGAUGUACAUACAUUGUGGCGAGCACAGCCUACAUAUUUAAUUGUUUCUAUAUUAUUUAUCGUCGGUGGACUCAUCACUUUUUAUCACGCACUAAAAUCUGGAGGUCGUUUUAUUCAAUUAUGGAUUGGUGUAAUUUGCCAUGGAUUAGUAGUGGAAAUUGUAUGCUACAAUCUUCCAGAUAUUGACAAUUUUUGGCAUUCACCAACACCAAUAAUGUUUCUAGGACGUCGUUUGCCAUUGCAUAUAAUAUUUCUUUAUGCUGUUUUUAUAUACACUGCAGCUAUUACAAUUGAUAAAUUAAAAUUACCAUUAUGGAGUGAACCAUUUGCAGUUGGAUUAAUGGUCAAUUUAUUAGACUAUCCUUACGAUGUGAUGUCUGUUAAAUUUGUACAUUGGGUGUGGCAUGACACGGAUCCAAAUAUUUUCGAUCGUCAUUAUCACGUUCCAUGGAAUUCUUAUUAUUUUCAUGCCACAUUCGCUGCAGGAUUUAUAUUUUGGUUUUAUUUUACAAGACGAUUCAUUAUUAAGAGUAAUGAUCCCAAAAAAUCUGGACCAUUUUCCAAGGAAUUACUUUGCACUUUGAUAGCCUCAUUUUUGGGAAUGCCCACUGGUGUGUUAAUGUUUAUACCAAACUAUCAUAUUUUACAUGAUAUUUACAAUUUACAUUCAGAAUUAACUUAUCAUUUACUUCUUGGUAUUUAUGUCGUUAUAAUAUUCAGUGGUAUUUUAAGUCUCAAAACUCUACCUCAACAUUCACGAAAUUGUCAAGAUUAUUUAAUACUCGUCUACUUAGCAAUUUACUAUUCAGUAUACUUUGGAAUGGCUCUUAUUGGCAAUCCAGAAUCAGAAAUUGCAAUGGGAUUACAUGAACCAAUUGGACCGUGUGAUAAAAAUGUGUCUAUAAAAACUGCAUUUGGACAAACACUUUAUAAACGAAAAUACCUGUGCGUUACAGAUUAUGAUGAAUCAUAUUUUGGAUGGUCUUGUUUAUCUGAUGGAAAACCACCAAUUGGAAAAAUUGCCGAUUAUUAUACAAUUUGUGGUACACCAUUUGAAAAUAGAAUGGAAUAUAUUAUUUUAAUGUUGACAAUAACAAUUAUUGCUGCCGGUAUAUUUUUAAAUAUAUUUCUUCGGACAACUAUCAAGAAAAAUGCACUCAAAAAGAAAAAUUAGAACUUACAAUUGUGCAAAAAUUUCAUUCCCAUUAUAAAAAAUUUUUUUGCAAAAAUCUUGAGGAAAAAAAAUAUAUAUAUUAUUAAUACUAUUUACAAUAUUAUGCAUAUUAUAAAAUUCAAAACGUGUUUUUUUGUAAGAAAAAAUUCAUUGUUUAAAAACAUUUUGCGCUAUUGUGUCCGUCGUUGAUUUUAUCACACAUACACACAAUUCAAGCCAGUGUGAAAUAUAUUAGAUUUUUAAGUAUCACAGUCUCAAAAGAAAUUUAUGCAUAAUUUUCGAUAAAAUUCAUUUUAAAACAAUUAAAAUAUCACUCGUUUUGAAGAAUAAAAUGAUUGGUUAUUUUAAAAAAAUUUGAAAUAUAUAUGUAUUAUUAAUUUCAAUAAAAUUUAAA